AACAUUGCUCCAGUGCCUUUGGCUACAAACUUGUUUUCACUGGGCCCGAUAUUCCAAGUUCGGUAGGCUGACAGGUCACGGUCACCAGCCUGAACUUUACAUAAUCUUCGGACGAAUGUACGGUAGCAAUAGUAUGGCUGCUGAACUUACUCUCAGGAGGUUUCGGCAGUUAGGCGACUUCACUGUUUUGCUGUCGCAUGCUUUUAGAUCAUACGGGUUUCCGAAGGCCGCGACAUGUUGGCAUGAUAUAAAUAACGCCUCUGCAAUGGCUUCCCAUCCAUGAUCACUGACCUCGUAUCUUUGCGAGCUCAGCGAUUCGUUUUCGCGUCUUCUACGUUAAAUUUAAGGCUCACGCGCACCAUGACGACAAAUGUAUACGCUAUUGCACAAAAAGGAUUUGGCACUGGGACGAAUGAACUAUAUGACCGGGCUCGCCCUUCGUACCAAGCUGAGUGUCUUUCGUACAUUCGUCAGGUAUCGAAGAGCACAGCACCUUUGAACAUUGUCGAAAUUGGGGCAGGGACAGGUAUUUUCACCCGUGCCUUGUUAGCUCACUCUGAGUGGGCUACGAGUAUUGGCACACUGAGAGCUAUCGAACCUAGCGACGGCAUGCGUGAUGUGUGGACGAAGACUGUCAAUGAUAAUCGCAGUUCUAUUAUCAAAGGGACAUUUGAUAACACUGGUGUGGAAGACGGGUGGGCAGACCUUAUCAUUAUCGCACAGGCAUUCCAUUGGUGCCCCGACUAUGGGAAAGCAUCGGCUGAAUUCGGUCGUAUUUUGAAGAAGGACGGCGCAGUUGUGUUUAUAUGGAACCGUGAAGACAGAGACGGCGCAGGUUGGGUUGCACAGUUCUGUGACUGCAUCGAGGUUCAUGAGCAAGGGACGCCCCAAUUUCGCCUCGGUCUCUGGAGGGAGACAUUCUCUACACCUGAGUAUAUCUCCUUGUUCCAUCCUCAGGAGGAGGAAGAGUGGGCAUAUCACCUUCUUGCUAGCGAGCAAAUUGUUACGGAUCGUGCUCAGAGUAAGAGUUACAUUGCCGUACUCCCCCCAGAUGAAAAAGCCAAGGUAGCGGAUGACCUCAAAGGUAUCCUCGAGCGGGGAGAUGGUAGAGUUUGGAUUAACAAGGAGGAGGGCACGUAUCAAUUUCCAUACAAGACUUACAUAGUGGUAUCUAGAAAGAAGUAGACCUAGAAGAAACAGUCAAGUAGUCAUAACUGCGAGUCAGAGUGAACGUUGUAUACAAAAUCAUCUUAC